UUGUGUCAACGGUUUCUAGUUUAUCCAGCGCGGGCGCAGCAAGCACAAGGCAGCCUGCCCCGUUCCACUGCGAGCCCAGUCCGAGUCGAGUGUUCCCUCAGUGCGUGCCGCCGUCCCGUCUAGUCCCGUCUCCCAGGAAGGGCAGAUCUCCUCAUCCUCCCAGGCCCCACCGGAAUCGAACCCGGAACCCGUCACCGCCGACUCCGAGAUCCGCGCGCGAGGAUGGGCGCCUCCAGUUGAAAGUGUGACCCCGUUGAUUAUGUGUUGACAAGUGAUUGUGCGGUUGUGUUCGAGUGCGGGCCAACGAUGGCGAUGUGUUCCCCGAUAUAUUUCUCCCCCGCGGCGCGUCUGUGAGCCGAACCCUGGAGUUUGAUCGGCUGGACCGCGUCUCAUUCCAUUGCUGCGAGCCCAAUUGUGACGGAGCUGGUUUGGUCACUUUAGUUCGUGAAGCCGGCCGCAGAAUGGGGUGUGCUAUGUCCGCGGAAGAGCGGGCCGCUCUCGCCCGAAGUAAACAGAUCGAGAAGAACCUCAAAGAGGACGGCAUACAAGCCGCCAAAGACAUUAAACUCCUCCUACUAGGUGCUGGAGAAUCGGGGAAAAGUACUAUAGUGAAACAAAUGAAAAUUAUCCACGAGAGUGGGUUCACGCCCGAGGAUUUCAAACAGUACCGACCCGUAGUAUAUAGUAAUACAAUCCAAUCUUUAGUCGCUAUUUUACGUUCAAUGCCCAUACUAGGCAUAUCAUUUGCCAACAGUGAAAGGGAGACGGACGCUAAGAUGGUUUUCGAUGUAAUUCAAAGGAUGGAGGACACGGAGCCGUUCUCGGAAGAACUGCUCGCGGCCAUGAAGCGGCUGUGGGUCGACACCGGGGUCCAGGAGUGUUUCGGCCGCUCCAACGAGUACCAGCUCAACGAUUCUGCCAAAUACUUUUUGGAUGACCUAGAUCGUUUAGGAUCAAAAAAUUAUCAACCAACCGAACAGGAUAUUUUGCGCACUAGAGUUAAGACUACCGGAAUAGUUGAAGUUCAUUUUUCCUUCAAGAAUUUAAAUUUCAAAUUAUUUGACGUGGGUGGUCAAAGAUCAGAACGGAAAAAAUGGAUCCACUGUUUUGAAGAUGUUACCGCCAUAAUUUUUUGUGUUGCAAUGUCCGAGUAUGACCAAGUUCUUCAUGAAGAUGAAACCACUAAUCGUAUGCAAGAAAGUUUGAAAUUAUUCGACUCAAUUUGUAAUAAUAAAUGGUUCACCGAUACUUCCAUUAUACUUUUCUUAAACAAAAAAGAUCUCUUCGCAGAAAAAAUUAGGAAAUCGCCUUUAACUAUCUGUUUUCCGGAAUAUGCAGGUGCUCAAGAGUUCGGUGAGGCAGCAGCAUAUAUCCAAGCACAGUUUGAAGCGAAAAAUAAAUCAACAACCAAAGAAAUUUACUGUCACAUGACGUGUGCAACAGAUACAAACAACAUCCAGUUUGUAUUUGACGCUGUCACCGAUGUUAUCAUUGCCAAUAACUUGAGAGGUUGUGGACUUUACUAAACUAAAACAAAGAAGAAAGGAACCCAAUUUCAAUUCUAUGCUGUCGCUCUAUCGCGCCAUCGUUUAGGGGUGGUGGAGGAGCUCAGAUUUGCAUUUUUUUUCUUUUUUCCAAAUUAGUAUAUCACUUUGUUAUGAAUUAUUUAGUAUGAUAAAUAUGUUAUUCAAAGAACAUUUUUUUAUUUAUAUCUAAUCAAACUAGUCUCUGUAAGUUUCUAAGUUUUGCUUAGAUACUUAGAAUUUGUAUCUAUAAGCCUACGGGCGCUCUUCUCCCUGUUACCAGUGAUCUUCAAACAGUUGAUCUUCGAUCAUUGGUAGACGACGAUACUCGAUAAAAUGAUGGAAAACUAUCUUACUUGUUUCCCUCUUGUCCAUGCUGUAAAUUAUUGUAAAUUUCGAACUUUAUAAAAUGGUAGCAUUAUUGAUAAUUAUUAUAAACAAUAAACUAACAAUAAGACUGAACGAUUUAAGGAAAAAAUUGGAUUUAAAGAAAAAAAAAACUUGUUAACUCGUUCACUUCCCAGGCAUGCAAAAAGAUCACUCACGAACCUCUGGAAAUUUUUCUGCGGAUACUGAUGCAAAAGAAAAAAACAAAAAUACUUGUACAUAAAAUAUCUACAGAAAGCUGCACAGUUAUUCUAGGUUCCUCUGUGUCCAUGGCGGAACGUAAAAUUGACGAGUGACUCUCAAGUAAGCUAGAAGCUCCUGUAAGUCCUUUCGUAAUCACAUCGUGUCUUUUACAUUCGAUCUUUUUUGUGCUUCAACUGGUGUAGAACUCCUAGUUCCGAGUAAUGGAAAUGAUGUUUUUAGUGUUGUAAAUUGUUCAAAAGUGUUGUUAUGCCUGUCUUUGAUAACAUUUGAGGUCCUCUGAUCCAUUGCAGAGCUGACUUGUCUAUUAUUUUUUUUAACAAUCGUUCUUAUCAGCUUUGGAAGUUGAAAAUUUCAACUUAGUCGAUUCCUAUUUCACGGUGUGUGAAGCGCCUGCAAGUUAAAUGCAUCAAUCCCAGUCUUUCUGGGCCCCUGAAGUUUUUCUGUGCGCUUCUAAAAUUAUGAUCCUCUUAAUUUGCCUUCUUCUGACACAACACUGUAUGGAGGUAGUUUAUUUUUUUCUUACCAGACUUUAAGAACUUUUUGUCUGGAAGAUUGCGUUUCUAGUCAUUUCUCUUAAUGUUCACCAGUGUAUAAAGUACCUACCUACUUCUUUCAUCUAUGUACCUAUAUUGCAUUCAUGUAACUGUCCAUUAAUUUCUUAUUGUCAGCUGUCUUACAAUGAACUGCAUUUUGCAAUGAGGCUUAACUAAUCCUGGAUCAUCCUUAAAAACCUCCUAUCUGCCCAAGGAAACUAAUUGCACACCCAUUGUUCCUAAAAUGAGCUAGAUAUAUUAGUUCCUUAUCGCCAAAUGUAAUCUAAAUCAUGUGCGAGUCCUAUCAAGAUCAGUUAUGUUCCUGCAUUUUGUGUUUUCUAGUCCUUUCUGAAUCAGUUAUAGAAUCUGAAUGUGAUAUCUGUCAUCACACUCAGGUGUCCCAAAAUUUAUCCCCUAGCUGCGUCGAGGCAACAUUCUGUCCAUACAUUGCGUUUAUCCCUCUUGUACCCAAUUAUUUUUUGGGAUACAUCCUCCUUGUAACCUCUCAUCUAAAUUCCGGGCAAACUUAAAAUUUGCAUUAAAAAGUGGUCUGAAGUCCAUUGAAAUUGCUGCUACUUCAUAAAAUAUUAUGCUUCAUGAGCAAGAAGAAAAAUAAGGUUCUUCUUUUUGACACACUUAAUUGCAGACUUUUGCUCCACAAUUUUCAUGAGGAUUUCUUUUAAAGCUUAAAAAAAUCGCUAGAAAAUAGUAUUGAAUGCAUUUUUUCUAAUGAAGUACAGUCUUGUGGGCCUAUGUUAAACUAUAAUUGAAUAGUUAAUUGUAUUUCCAUUGUGUGAAAAUUGCAUUUUUACUGUGAGGAAAUGGCUAUAAUUUCUUAGGUGCAGAUUUAGUUUAUUUUGCUUUGUCGCUCAUUUCUUGUUUGGCGCAGGUUACCUUGAUUAGGACGGCAAGAAUUACAAAUGGUAACUGGUGGAGGGUACAAAUUAAUAUUGCCUCUUAUCAAAGUUAUCUUACAAAAACGUAAAGGCUAUGGAUAGGUAGUGUUAGAACUUGCAUCAAGUAAAUUGGCAAUUGUUAACUUUUGACUGUCAAGUGCAGUACCUAGAUCUAUUUACAUAGGUACUCAUGCAAUAAGGCAGUGUCGUUCAUGGUCAAUCUUCGAUUGCCAUUGGACAACAGCAACGCAGUUGCUUCUGAACAGAAAAUUAACAACAACUGGACCACGUUUUGCAAUAAGGAACUGCAAUUUCUGGCUCUUACAUAAACACACCUAUCUGCAUAGGUAAAUUAAUGGCACACGUGUUGCUUCUAUUAAGCACGAGCAACCAGUCGUUGUUCCUAAUUAUAAAAUGUACUCCAAUUUAUCUGGUGCAAGUUCUAGUACCUUAAUUUUCUCCCUUUCAGGCUGAGAGUAACUGCGGAAAUAUGUAGCUAUUCAGUAUAGCUUAGCUCUAAGAAAGUAAGCAGUGGAGAACUAGAGUGUCCUUUUUCCAUGCCUGGAAUUUUUAUCACGAAACUGAUUUGAUAGCACUUUUUCUACUUUGUAUAUACACCUAUCAUUGAACCAAUGUAAGAGGAGAUUUUCCUUUAUUCACCCGCUUCUUAUUUCCUCCUCUAGAGAAAGCCGAUUUGAAAAGCACAAUAAUUGUUAUACCUGUGACUCUUUUAAAGGGGUAAGUUUCUGUAAAAAUGUAACAGAGCAUGAAUCACAGAAUCUCACGUGGAAUGAUUUUAUCCAUUGUAUAAACCGCCCUUAUAGGUAUUCCACAAAUGAACUGGGAAAACAUCCAACACCCAAGGCGCACAAUGAAGUAUAGUUGGAAUUUAAAUAGAGUCUUGUAAAUUUCAAUUUCCUGUAUAAUAAUAAUUGAUCAGUAUUUGAAGGUGCGUUUAAUUUGAUUUAUCAGUUACAGUCACCUUUUGUAUUGUUUCUGUGAUCUGUGAAACAGGUAGAAAAUUACGUUUUCAAGCAUGUCGAGUAAGAUUUCUUCUUUUUAUUUUCAAAUGCAUUUAUUCGAUAAAGUCUUGUCUCAAUUUGAAGGCCCAGUUUUUAAGAUAGGAUGUCAAACGAUAUCUCCAAAUCUUGCUGUAGUGGUAGUUCAGAGUGAAUCUAUGUAUUCUUUUUAUGGAACCAAGCGAGUUCUGGGAAAAGAACUUCAGUAUAUUUUUUUGCGUUCAUGAAUUGUAAGAAGCUCAAAUGAAAGCCCCAUAGCCAAACAAGUUUAACCCUCUCUUUUCUACGAAGUAAUUUUAAAGCACAUUUCUGUAGAUCCAGGCAAGGUCCAAUCCCACAGAACACUAAUAGCUCUGUUGCUCUAAAUUGACGAAGUAAACAACUAGUUUAUGGUCAGAUUUCUCUGUGCAAAGGAGGCGUUCAGGGAAACGUCAGCUCAGCACAGAGCAGGGAUGAAAAUAAUUGGAUCACAUUUUGCAAUAAGGAACCACUAUCUCUGGCUCUCCCACACAAGCACAUAUUUGCAUUUGGGAAACUAAUGGCAUGUAUGUUGUUUCUAAAAUGGGCCAGAAAUAGUGAUUCCUUAUCGAAAAAUGUCAUCCAAUUAGCAGAGUGAAUAAUUGUGUUAGAAUCAUUGUGUCAAGUGGCAUGAUGUGCAAAGCGAGCAAAAUGAAGCAACCUCUGAGUAAUUAGGCUAGUUAAGCUUUUUGGGAUUCCAUUUCAUACCUGUUGUUUUUUAAAAAUUAUUUUAAGUUUACCCACAUUGAAUGUGAAUUUCUGGGUACGAGGUAUUGAAAUUGUGAUAAUCAAAUUUGGGUUUUAGGACAGGCUCAGUUCGUUUAGCUCUCCUGCAUUGUUUCGAAAUGUUCAAACUUGAUAGGAUUUAGACUACCUAAUGUAAGUAGGUAGGGAGACUUUCUAUCUGUAUUUAUCGGUUCAUUUUUAUUUCUUAAGUUUCAUGACCAAUUAUUAUCUUUAUUUUAUUACAUUAUGAAGUGAUAACCUUUUAUCCUGUAAGAUAUGGACAAUAUUGGACUAGUUUUUUUUUUUUUUUCUCUGGACCAAACUCCUCACAGCCUACUCUUUCACUCCUUUGGGUAAAUCUGCUUUCGUCCGAAGUGCAAAUCGGCGGUGAAAUGCAGGAACAUGGAUUUUGGUUUGCGACAUUGCAGCCUUCCUGUCAUCCUAUUUAUUUUAAAACUAAAAAUACUCAACAUAAUAUCCUGAAAACUGCCCUGAUUUUUCUUCUCUGUGUUGAGAAAAUUCUAUGAUAAUUCAAGCAAAAGCAUUGGUUUGUUCUCCUUCGAUAAAACCAUAUAGGAGCAGGAAUUCUGAAACACUGCAAACAAGAUGUGUCUUCCUGCUGUUUCACAGUUGAAAUGUGACCGCAUUUGUAAAGAGAAGCAUUCCAACCUCAGAAUAAAAAGCCUCCUAACGAGGAGUCCUAGGAUUGGAAAAUACUCGGUGAAACUAAGCUUACGAUGGAUAUUACUCUCUUUCUGUUAUAUAAACUGCGUAAAUGCUGUUUUUUGACAUUAUUAUCACCAGAAAAUGUCAGAAGACGUUUUCUGAAGCCAGCUUGUAUUUAGAAAUGAUGAUUUUUAGGAAUGAUGAGUUUUCAUCCUGUUGCCUUUGUAACAUUGUAUAAAUCUCCUGGCAAGUUAAA